CAGCCCGGCCAUGUGGGCAUCUCCGGGCGGUGAGGCGUGUGCGGCGGCGCUGGGCGGCCUGCUCCUGCUGCUGCUCCUCGCCCUGGGGCUGAAGCAGAGGCGGCCGGCGGGCUUCCCCCCGGGGCCGCCGGGGCUGCCCUUCCUCGGCAACAUCUACUCCCUGGCGGCCUCGGCAGACCUUCCUCACGUCUACAUGAGAAAGCAGAGCCAAGUGUACGGCGAGAUCUUCAGCUUAGAUCUUGGAGGCAUAUCAGCUGUGGUUCUGAAUGGCUAUGAUGUAGUAAAGGAAUGCCUUGUUCAUCAAGGUGAAAUUUUUGCUGACAGGCCAUGUCUUCCUUUAUUCAUGAAGAUGACAAAAAUGGGAGGCUUACUUAAUUCCAGAUAUGGCAGAGGAUGGGUUGAUCACAGAAGAUUAGCUGCAAACAGUUUUCGCAGUUUUGGAUAUGGCCAAAAAUCUUUUGAAUCUAAAAUCUUGGAAGAAACAGUUUUUUUAACUGAUGCUAUUGAAACAUGCAAGGGUAGACCAUUUGACUUUAAACAAUUAAUAACAAAUGCUGUUUCAAACAUAACCAAUCUGAUCAUUUUUGGAGAAAGAUUUUCAUAUGAAGACACUGAUUUCCAGCAUAUGAUUGAGUUAUUUAGUGAAAAUGUGGAGCUGGCUGCCAGUGCUUCCGUCUUCCUGUAUAAUGCUUUUCCGUGGAUUGGCAUCUUCCCCUUUGGAAAACAUCAACAGCUGUUUAGAAACGCAGAUGUGGUUUAUGAUUUUCUCUCCAGACUUAUUGAAAAAGCUUCAGUGAAACGACAGCCUCGGUUACCUCAACAUUUUGUUGAUGCUUAUUUAGAUGAGAUGGAUCAAGGUAAAAAUGACCCAUCAUGUACUUUCUCCAAAGAAAACCUAGUUUUCUCAGUGGGCGAGCUCAUCAUUGCUGGAACUGAAACUACAACCAAUGUGCUACGGUGGGCAGUUCUUCUCAUGGCCCUUCACCCAAACGUUCAAGGACAAGUUCAGAAAGAGAUUGAUUUAAUUAUGGGCCCCACUGGGAAGCCUUCUUGGGACGACAAGUGCAGAAUGCCUUAUACUGAGGCAGUUUUGCAUGAAGUUUUAAGGUUUUGUAAUAUAGUUCCACUAGGCAUUUUCCAUGCAACCUCCGAAGAUGCAGUUGUAUGUGGUUAUUCCAUUCCCAAAGGAACAACAGUCAUUACAAAUCUUUACUCUGUGCACUUUGAUGAGAAGUACUGGGGAGACCCAGAAGUAUUCUAUCCUGAGCGAUUUCUAGACAGCAGCGGACAUUUUGCCAAGAAGGAAGCUUUGGUUCCUUUUUCUCUAGGGAGAAGACAUUGUCUUGGAGAACAGCUGGCACGGAUGGAAAUGUUCUUGUUUUUUACAGCACUGCUUCAGCGGUUUCAUUUGCAUUUUCCACAUGACUUAGUUCCAAAUCUGAAGCCCAGGUUAGGCAUGACACUGCAGCCUCAACCCUACUUCAUCUGUGCUGAAAGACGAUGAACGUUCGUGAAUAUUUUCAUCAGAAAGAGUACAUGUGUGCUUCAGGCUUGGCCUCAUUUAAUCAAUGUGUUUUGACAAAAAUCACAGCAUCAUAGAG